GGAUUGCCUUCGACAUGAAUUGGAUGCACUGACGUCAUCUGGAGUUCGCUACACGAAUGUCAAAAGGCAGCACAGAUUCCGGUUGGCUAUGGCUCGCUUAGUGAAGCCUAAGAUCCCACCGUCCGAGCCGCCCCUCAUCUCUCCAUGGCAGCCACGAGUGACAACGGGCUAGUGGACACAGAUCCAGGUCGAGUUAGCAACAUGACAGCCAUCAACUCGGGUCCGGUCGGGGAAGUGGGCGGCGUCAGGCUGCCGUUGCAAUCAUUACAUGGGUACGGAUCUGUGUUCAUGUACUCGGCGUCGACGAGUCCCGGGGGUGGAGGUGGCCAGGGUGGCGGAGGCGGAGGUGAAGUGACCCUCCGCCUCCGCGAACCUGAGGAUAUUCCCGAAGAAGUUCUUGCACGCCUCGAGGACACGGCCACCCUCUCCAUCUCUCUUCAAAGCGACGCAGUGUUGAGGCUGGGGGCAGCUGGCACGGGAAACGGGAAUUUAGAAUUGUUCGAUAGUGAGAGCGGGCCGGACCUCACACUAUCACCUCAGACCUUCACGUCGACGGCGGAGGCCUUCAUCAAUGACAAUAGCGAUAGUCUUGGUGUUCCAGGAGACAACGAUACGGGUAGCAGCGAGGAAUCGAGACCUGGGGGUGGGGAUCCUGGAAAGUUGGGGGUGAAGAAACCAAGACCGAAGGCUUCGUCGCCCAACCGACAGGGACCACAGCAGUGCCAGGUCUGCGGGAAGGUGUUCAACAACGCAUCGGCGCUCACGAAACACAAGCUGACGCACAGUGACGAGAGGAAAUACGUGUGCACGAUGUGCGGCAAGGCGUUCAAGCGGCAGGACCACUUGAACGGGCACAUGUUGACGCAUCGAAACAAGAAGCCGUACGAAUGCAAAGCGGAAGGAUGCGGCAAGUCGUAUUGCGACGCGAGGAGUCUGAGGAGGCACACGGAGAAUCAUCAUGCCGGUAGCAAGGUGAACGAGAGCGUUAGUCCUAGCAGUCCAACCACCGGUCCUCACACACCAAAUACACCGGGAAGUAAUCCCAGCACGCCGAGCACGCCAGGAGCGACGUCGACGCCCAACGGCCAUGGACAUCCGGCCUUGAAACAAUUGCUCGCCACGGAACCGUCACAGACGCAGCAGCAAAAGAGUGCCACGUCUCCUGGUGCUAGCAACGAUGGUCUCACGAAACAGCAAUUGGAGCUCAUUCAACAGAUUAUGCAACAAACGCAGCAACAGCAGCAACAACAGCAACAAACAUCCGCGCAACAGCCACAGCAACAACGGAACAAUUCGUCAAGCACAGUCACAGCGCAGAUUCAAAAAACGCAAAAACCGUCCGUCAAAUCCACAACUUCAUCUGGCAGCGUUUCGAAUAAUUCUGGAAGUUCAAAUGCAACAAAUAACGCGAGAUCCAGCCCCAAACCUAAAGUCUGGAGUCACGUACAACAACAACAGCAGCAAGCUCAGCAGCAAGCCCAGCAACAGCAACAACAGCAACCGCAACAACAGCAUCAGCAACAACAGCCGCAGGCUAAUUCGCCAGGAGGUGGAAAUGUGGGGAAAAGCAGCCCGUCGCCGGGAAAUUCGGCAUCCCCUGGCACUGUGACAGCGUCCAACAAGUCGCAGACCGAACCUAAGCCGGUCGAGUGCAAUUUGUGCCAUCGAAAAUUCAAAAAUAUACCGGCACUCAAUGGCCACAUGAGACUCCAUGGCGGUUACUUCAAAAAGGAUGCUGAGAACAAGAAAAGCGAGAAGAAAGAGGUUGUCGGCCCGCCUUUGCAAACCGCGUCCGUCAGCGUUAGAGCGCUCAUCGAAGAAAAAAUUAUACAGAAAAGAACGACUGCAGCGGACACAAAUUCAAAUCAACAGGCACGCACAAACGCAACAGUUUUUACCACCCAAGCCGACAGUGCGUCGCAAAUUUCCGGCAAAACGAGCUUCGCUGUACCAGCACCGCCUCCAUUGGCCUCCGCGGAAAAGGUCCGCAGACUUUCGGACGGCGAGCACUUCCGGCAGCCCAAUGUCACCGUUUCCGGCCACACGACCGUGCAGAAACAGCUGCAGGAAGCGCAGACCCAGGCUCAGGCGCAGGCGCUGGCCGACAUGAUCCUGAAGGGAACUACUAAAAUGGCUGUGAAAAGAACAACUUCCGAUCCCGGGCAAAGAUUGCAUCUGACUUAUCAGACAUCGGUUCAAUCGACGACUAGUCAGCAGCAACAGCAACAACAACAGCAGCAGCAGCAGCAACAGCAACAACAGCAGCAAAAUAAUCAGGCUCAAGCCCAGCCCACGGUUACUGAAAGUUUCUCAAUGACAGGUUACUCUGAAGACGGCGGUUAUUUUAGCCCAAGCCUUCAAGAUGAGGUGUUUCAACAAGUCACCGCAGUUCCUGACAGCGUUCUUCUUCAUGCUACUCAAUUGGAUUCACUUCAGUUUCAGACAGCAAGCCUCUUACAAGAGCAGCCCGCGGAGCAAUUGCAAGACAUCACUCUGGAGGACCGAUAUCCAUCGCAGCACACGGUGAACCCAGACCUGCAGGCGUUGGUGAACUCCCCAUUGCCGGACUCGUUAGCCGAGUUCAGCACGUACGGUGCCCAAUACACGGAGAGCCCGCACACCUUACCUACUCAAUCUCCCCUGCCAUCGCCGUUGACGAGACACGACAGCCCGAGUUUCACGUAUCCAACGCCGCCAGCGAGUCAGGAGGGCCUUCUCACAGGCAGCUUCCCCCUGCUCAGCCCGCAAGAGGAUCCGGAAACCGUGAGACAAGUUUCGUCACCAUUGUCCGCGGCCUUCUACGCGAGCACCAUGUCCUCCGCGGCGGCUGUGGAGGAAGCUCUGAGCGAGGUGUUGCCAGGCGAAUCCGAAGCAGACACCGACCUCUACGGGUCCGGUUCACCGAAUCCGCACUCGCCACUGCCAAGCCCGUUAUCGGCGACCCCAGCACCGUCGCCGUUGUCCUCGUUGCCGCCCUCCUCGGUCUCCUCACCUGGGCCCGUGUCGUUCACGGGGACGAGUUUCCCCGUGUCGCCGCAUCACGCCCUCCAGAACCAGAUGAUGCCCAACUCGGAGGAUCCCCUACUCUCCUCGACCCCGAAAGACUUCACCACGGCCAGCCGCAGACGGUUCGAGUUCCAAUCGUACAAAUUCAUCACCAGCCAGAACUUGGUGGACUUCGGCUUGGGCAACGGCAGCCUGGCCGGCAUCGUGGUGGACAACAACGGCGAGUUCAAGCUGAUCCAGACCGCGGGAUUGCAGAAGACGAAUGUACUUGUGCAAACUGGCUCCCUGAGCCGCCUCACGUUCAAGAAGGAGAUGCGGCUGGCGACCCCGAAGAUGGAGCCUGUCACCGUGAACCUGGGCCUGAACGUGCAGACGAACCAUCAGUACAACGCUGGCCAGUUCAAUCAGCAGCAAGUGGUGAACCCGACCAAGUUUCUCAUACAGACGAACCAAGUGGCCAAGAGUAGUAAUCUGAGGCAAAAGCCGGUGGCCGGUGGAAACCUGCCCAUCCCGGUCGAGCAGAUCAAGGAGGAGCUUUUGGACGAGGACGUCUUUCUUAAUCCAAGUAACGUGCCGGCUGGCAGCCCUGUCAGGCAGUGCAGGAAAAGGCCACGCAUGGACGGAGGCCUUUACGCGAACACGUCGUAUCCGUCUAGAUUGAGGAAAGCCUGCGACAGGCAUUGGGAUAGUAGCUACACGCCGCCACCUAUCUUGGAUCCUUCCCGCCCUGGGCCGGGUCUCUACGCAAGGCUGCACCAGUACGAGAGGGAUUCUGAUUUCAGUUCCGACGAUUCGCAGGGGAACGAUGGCCCGCCCCCUAGAAUUAAUAUCGGCACCAGGUAUCAGGCUACGAUACCGCCGAUCGGUAGUGACGGGGACAGAGGAAAGGGCGAGCCAGAGGCCGACCAUCUGCUCUGGGAUCCUGGUAUAAAUAACGUGCUGACGGAUAAUGAACUGGAAAUGUACCUACAAUUUGCAUGCUGCGCCGCGGUACCAGGUGGAGGAAGAAACAAAGAAUACGCGCUUCAUCUGCUGCACAUGUGCAAAGGGAAUAUUCAUGAAGCCAUGCUGAAGUUGAUGAGACCAACACCUCCGUUGCCAGCGGAACAUCCGUUGCUCAGUUACGAGUGCCACGAGUCCGACCGAUGGACGUCGCAAGAGAUGGACGCGUUCUAUCAGGGCCUGUUGAAGUACAACAAGGAUUUCUCUGCGAUCUCGCGAGACGUGGGUGGCAAGUCCGCGAAACAAUGCGUGCAAUUCUAUUAUCUGUGGAAGAGGCUCUGCCCGGACGAAUACAGUAGACUUCGUGUUCGCCACGGUAAACCAAAGAUUAAGACAGAGAGCAAGGAUUGCAAGGAUACCAGGGAGCUUCGCGACGCCAUUGCGUCGGUCACGGAGAUGGACUUCAGCGAAGACAAAUCUAUUCUUCAUCGCACUCUGUUACAGACAAACGAGAGAGAAAACUCGGCUACUCUGACCACCAGCGACGGAGAGCUGAGAUUAUUCGCAUACGACUGCCCCGAUAGCUUUAGCGGAAGUGUAACAGUAACGAUGGCCGGGAGCACCCAAACCGCCCAAACCGGCAAUACCGGCCACGCCACAGUCAACACCAACUCACAAACUCACACUAGUUCUGAGCAACAACUACCCGUGCCCACCCCACUUCACUACCCCUGCAAGAUUUGCGGGAAAGUUUUCAACAAAGUGAAAAGCAGAAGCGCACACAUGAAAUCCCACAGGCCGGUACCCUCGCCCGAUUCAACGGGGCAGGAAUCUAAGAGGCCUGUCCAACAGCAAUCCAAGACGCAACAGUCCCAACAAUCCAUCCAGCAACAGCGUCAGCAACCGCAACAACAACAGCAACAACAAGCGAGCAGCGUUUCGUCACAGGCCCAAGAUUUCAAUCAGCAGCAACUGCCUCCCAGCAAUGGCGACACCGGCGCUCAGAACCCAGCGCAUUUAUGGCACAAUCCGACACGGUUCAGGCCGCCAUAGGACGAUGCCCAGCCGGUUCAACUAAAGUUACCUUAACGAAGGCUGUAACGGUACGGUAGGAAAGUAUUUUACGGUCGCGCGAUAACUACGUAAAUAGACAGGCACUACUACUAAAAAUAUAGAAUAGAAAAGGGGAAAUGAAUGAGAAACGAAUAAACUCACGGAUCGUCGAAAAGGAUCGCCGAUGGAGGAAAAAUCAGUUAACAGAAUCGAGAAUUGUCGUCCAUCGUUAGAGCCGAGCUAGAUCAAGCUGAUGUCCUCCUGCGCAGGCGAAACAAUUUUAGACGAGGCAAAGGUAGAAACGGACACUUCCACGAUAGAUAAUAAUAGUAGCUCCGAGGAAAGAUGAAAGACGAAGAGGAGAAGGGAAGGGAAGAGUAA